GAGUCUAGGAAAGCGGCUCAAGACACCUGUCGCUUACACCACAGCCCAAGCUUGCUCAGAGCUUCCGACACGACUCUCUCUCUCUCUCUCUACAGCCACUCCGAAUUUCGCUCCCCCCAACCAAAAAAAAGAAACCAAUACAAAUCAAACUGAGACUUAUACUCGAUCUCCUUCAAGUGGAUGCUAUAUAUAAGACAGCUCCCUAAACUCAAGCUGCUGCCACUACUUGAAGUUUCCCAAAAAUGGGGUCUUAUAUGAACUUCAAGAACUUCAGUGAUGCACCGCCUGCGAGUGGUAGUAAUGGGAAGCCGCAGGGAAAUUACCCGUUGGCCCGGCAGCCUUCAGUAUACUCCUUGACCUUUGAUGAGUUCCAGAAUACCUUGGGUGGUUUUGGAAAGGAUUUUGGAUCCAUGAACAUGGAUGAACUUUUGAAAAAUAUAUGGACUGCUGAGGAGACUCAAGCCGUGACAUCUUCAGCUGGUGCCAGAGAAGGAAAUGUCCCGGGUGGCAAUUUGCAGAGGCAAGGAUCUUUGACAUUGCCACGGACACUUAGUCAGAAAACUGUGGAUGAAGUUUGGAGAGACUUGCUGAUUAGGGAAAGCAGCUGCGGUGGUGUUCCAGAUGGGAAUGGAAAUGGGGGAUCAAGUGUGCCGCAGAGGCAACAAACUCUGGGAGAGAUGACAUUAGAAGAGUUUUUGCUGAGAGCUGGCGUGGUGAGAGAAGAUACUCAAUCGAUUGGAAGGCCUAAUAAUAGUGGGUUCUACGGUGAACUAUCAGGAACAAAUGAUAACACGGGUUUAUCCUUUUGCUUUCAACAGCCAGUUCAAAGUAAUGGGGUUUUGGGUAAUCAGAUAAUAGAGAACAAUAAUCCAGUUUCUAAUCAGCCUUCUAAUUUAGCAAUGAAUAUAGGCGGGCUAAGGGCUUCUCAGCAACAAAUUCAGCAGCAGCAGCCACUCUUCCCCAAGCCUGCAACUGUGGCUUUUGCCUCUCCCAUACAUCUUGUAAACAAUGCUCAGCUUGCUAGCCCUCAAAGUAGGGGUACAAUGGUUGGAGUUGCAGAGCCUUCUGUGAAUACUGCUUUGGUUCAGGGUGGAGGAAUUGGCGUGGUUGGUUUGGGUCGUGGGGCUGUCACUAGUAUGGCUGGGUCCCCUGCAAGUCAGAUAUCAUCAGAUGUGAUUUCAAAGAGUAGCGUCGAUACCUCGUCAUUGUCACCAGUUCCAUACCUAUAUAACCGGGGAAGGAAAUGCGGUGGGGCUUUGGAGAAAGUGGUCGAGAGAAGGCAAAGGAGAAUGAUCAAGAACAGAGAGUCAGCUGCAAGAUCACGGGCUCGUAAGCAGGCAUAUACCUUGGAACUGGAAGCAGAAGUUGCAAAACUCAAAGAAAUGAACCAAGAGUUGCAGAAAAAACAGGCAGAAAUUAUGGAGCUGCAGAAAAACCAGAUAAUAGAGAAGAUGAAUCGGCAGUGGGGAAGUAAAAGAAGAUGCCUGAGAAGGACACUGACUGGCCCUUGGUAGAGAUGAUGAAACCGAUUGUGAAUACAGGAAAUGGUGCUUUUUGAGUACGCAGAUGUAGGCGGUUGAUCAUUGAUGUAGUAGUGUAAUGGUUAAGAGUGUGUGCAUCUGUCAUCUGACUACAAAGUUUAGGUAGCUGCAGUAUGUAUAGGACUAGAGACAAAAAGAUAGAGUUUGUGUUGUAAAUUAAAACUGAGAUUAGUUUUAUGUUACAGAUUGAAGCUUUUUGCGUGA